AUGGUAAGGAAGAAGGAUGCAAAAGGAAGAAGAAUGGUAUGGAAGAAGGAUUGCAAGGAAGAAAGAUGGGUACGGAAGAAUUAUGGUGUGACGUGUGUUAUUGUUGCAGGUGUGACGUGUGUUAUUGUUGCAGGUAUGAGGUAUGUAGCAGCAGUGUGGUGCGUGGUGGCUGGUGUUGGCCAGGUCACACCAGUGGUGGCUGGUGUUGGCCAGGUCACACCAGUGGUGGCUGGUGUUGGCCAGGUCACACCAGUGGUGACUGGUGUUGGCCAGGUCACACCAGUGGUGGCUGAUGUUGGCCAGGUCACACCAGUGGUGACUGGUGUUGGCCAGGUCAUACCAGUGGUGACUGGUGUUGGCCAUGUCACACCAGUGGUGGCUGGUGUUGGCCAGGUCACACCAGUGGUGGCUGGUGUUGGCCAGGUCACACCAGCGGUGGCUGAUGUUGGUCAGGUCACACCAAUGGUGACUGGUGUUAGCCAGGUCACACCAGUGGUGACUGGUGGUGGCCAGGUCACACCAGUGGUGGCUGGUGGUGGCCAGGUCACACCAGUGGUGGCUGGCGUUGGCCAGGUCACACCAGUGGUGGCUGGUGUUGGCCAGGUCACACCAGUGGUGGCUAAUGUUGGCCAGGUCACACCAAUGGUGACUGGUGUUGGCCAGGUCAUACCAGUGGUGGCUGGUAUUGGCCAGGUCACACCAGUGGUGGCUGGUGUUGGCCAGGUCACACCAGUGGUAACUGGUGUUGGCCAGGUCACACCAGUGGUAGCAGCUUGUCAAGAAUGGCAGCGGGAACAAGAGAUCAACCACACAGAUACUGGAGUGAGGACAGCAGGAGAAUGGCAGCAAUGGCAGUGGGAAGCACAGGAGGCGGCAGCGACGGCAGGACAUAAUGGUACCAUUUUUAAAUUCAGGUUCUCUGCGGCGCCGCAGCUGCGGGUCGCUGCGGAGGAGUGGUUUCCUCACACCAGAGUGCGCUGGGCGGGGGGCGGCGCCCCCGUGGUCAGUGGUCCGUGUAGAAAGUUGUUAGAUCUCCUGGCUAGAUGCCUGAACUUUAAGUACACCUUCGUCAGGGGAGACGGCUACCUCGGAGACGUUCAGAAGGACGGCUCCUGGAGUGGCAUGUUGGGAAUGCUGCGCAGGAACGAGGCGGACAUAGCUCUUGGACCCUUUGGUCUGAGUGUAAGCAGAAGACAAGUGGUGGACUUCACUGUUCCUCUGAGCCAAGAGAUAUACCGGAUAAUGACUGCUCGACCUCACCCUCUACACGACACCUGGGUCAUACUCACACCCUUCACGUGGUCUGUCUGGGUAAGUCUGCUGGCGUCCUUGCUGGGGAUGUGGUUGACCAGUCUGCUGGUGGCCCGCUUCACCCUGGACCCUCAGGGUCCCUGGACCCCUGGGGACCACUUACUGACCGUGUAUGCUGUUCUGGUCUCCCAGGGCCUGACCAGGGAGCCCAGGGAAGCUGCCAUGAGAAUCAUCUGUCUCACCUGGAUGUUCGUCUCUCUCAUCAUUACCUCGUACUUCAAGAGUUCCUUUACGUCGCUACUGACGGUGAAGUAUCUGAAGACGCUAGAUUCUUUGAAGGACCUCCUGGCUGACCAGUCUUUAGCUCUGGUGCUGGAGGGAAACACCACCUUCGUCUCCGUCGUUCAGAAUUCCAGCAACAGCGAGUUCCAGCAACUGGCGGAGGCGCUGAAGGUUCGCGGCAAGUUCCUCAACCCUACGCAGCUUGAGGUCUAUGUAGAGCAACACCUGGCAAGCCAGAAGCACCAGGCGGCCCUCCUUCAGGAGAAUAUUAUCAUGAAAUUAAUGGAUAAAGACUACGCCCACACAGGUACACGCCCACAGGGGUACACGCCCACAGGAGUACACGCCCAUACAGGUACACGCUCACACAGGUACACGCCCACACAGGUGCACGCCCACACAGGAUACUGCAACUUCUAUAUGUCCGCGGAUUCACUCUACUCUAUGUAUGUCUCUAUGGCAGUACCUGAGGGCAGUCCCUUACUGCAGUACCUUAAUGCUAGGAUACUGUUGCUGCUGGAGCAUGGCAUCUAUAAACAAUGGGUGCAUGAGGAGCUGUAUGGGGCGUCUUUCUGUCAAUGUCAUGACCACCAUAGCGUCCACGACAUGGCACCAUAUUCCCCAUACAACAUGAUGGACCUUAAGAUAGCAUUCGCUGUGCUUGGUGCUGGAUGCUGCGUAGCUGCUCUGAUCCUCUUCUGGGACAUCGCCUACGCUAGGUUCUAUGGGAAAGGAUCCAACUCCACGUGUACAUAACUUAGCGAUGCUUCAGAUCUGUGGUCGCGGCUCCAAUCCUCUUCUCUGGAACGUCGUCAGGCUCUGUAGGAAGGGAUCCAAUACCAAAUGAUGCUUAGGUUCUGUGGAAGCUACUUCGAUCGUAUUCUGGGACGUCACCAGACUGUGAAAAGGGAUCCAUUACCACGUGUACAUAAAUAAGCGGUCGUCAGGACUCUCUAGGAAAGAAUCCAACUCCACGUAUAAAUAAGCGAUACUUCGAUAUAGGGUAGCAAGUCCUACUUCCCUCAUGUAUAGAUGACAUG